AUGCUGAAGCUGUCUCGAAUGGCUCGCAGUAGCCGCUACACUCCGGUGGUGGGGUGCGCCUUUCUAGUGGAGAUGCUCUACGGCUCCAAGUACAGUGCCAAUUUGGGCCUGUACAACAUGCCGUAUGUCUACGUCAAGACGAUUUUGCUGUGCGCCACCGGGCACAGCCUCAUGCUAAGCAAGGGGCGCUACAUCCGCGGCCUCGUCGAGCUUCUUCUUCCGUCGAAGGUGUCUCAGGACAACUUGACCAAGCUGGAGCUCUUGCAGUUUGUCGAUGCCAUCCCGGUGGGUCGCUACGGCAGCGGCAACAACGAUUCUGCCACGAUGGAUGAGGACGAGGCGGAGAAGCAGGCGAUGUUGGCGCUGAUGAUGCACAGCAACAUCGAUGGCAGCAGUGCCGACACUACGGCGGCGACCAUCCACGCAGACGAUUGUACGUCUUCGCUGCCGCCGCUACAGGACGAGCACAGAGAAGUGCGACACGCGAGAGAGGAUCGCUGGGACUGGCGCUGUAGCCGUUUGAUGAGGGCCGCCGCUAACGAUCGUAAGGGCGACGGUGUACUGGCUCGCCUCGGCUCUGAUGCCGCGGCAGAGGCUGUGCGCAGUCGCGCCGAAGAGUUGGAGGAGGACGCGGUUGCGAUGGAGUCGAUCAUGUCCUUCGUCUCCGCUACCAUGUUUCCCUCUUCCAUUGCACGAGUACUGAUCUACGACGCCGUGUGCACGUGUAUGGCGGAUGGCCUCUACAGAAGCAAAGAGAAAGAGCGUGUCACGUUGGUGUCUAGCCACAUAGGCCUCUCCUCUGCCGUGCGUGGCCAGAUUGAAAAGUUGGCACUACAGGAGAAGGUAAUCUCAAUCCGCAAGCGUCGUCUGCUGCUACUCCACCCCUUCCACUCGAACACGACACCGAUGGAGGAGGAGCGGCGCUGGCAGGCGUUCAGCACACUCGGCAGUGCGGCGAAGAACUCGACAUCUCACGAGCGGGGGGAAGGUGGGGCUGGCGCUGCGGGUAGGAGCGAUGUCGGCGACCGUUGCGACCAAGAAGCCGAGGUCGAGGCAAGCACUUUCGCUGCUGAGGAGGCCAUGCGAGUGGCGGCAGCGAAGGCGCUGCUGAGGCGUGCACGCGCGCGUCGGUCGACCAAGAGGUAUGCCGGUGCCUGA